CUGUCUCCGUGGUGCUCUCACUUUUUUUUUUUUUUUUUUCAUUCUUCAAAGAUUCCAUCCAUUUCUGGACCCCCCACAUUCCACAAUGAUCUCCUUUUAACCUUACUUUGUUUUUCUUGGAGGACUUGGAAGUGAUAUAAUAGAAUAAUAUUCUGCUUUUUGUAAUCUUCUCUAAAUCAAUUAAACAUCAUCAUAUCAUUUUGGGCUAAAAUAAACAAGGAGGGGGGGAAGAGAGAGAAGGAGGAGGACGAGGAGGAGGGCAUUGAUAGGAAGAUGUUUUAGCCUCUUUUUUCUUAGACUGGAAAAGUGGAUCAUUGCCAUUUUGAUUGAAUUGAACAGAGAGAUAAAACAAACAAGAUUUGAUCAAGGGUCUGGGUCUGGGUCUGGGUCUAGGUCAGGGUCAGGUUGGUGGUGGAGGUGGUGGUGGGUCUUGUUCAUUAUCAUCAUCUUAGCCUUGACUCCAUAAUCAAUCAGGAAUUCAACUAUAGCCAAAACCUUGACUGCAAGCUGUCCAGACCUUUAGCCAAAAUUUUGAGAACAUGGCUGGGAUUGAUGAUAAUGUUGCUAUAAUUGGAGAUUGGGUGCCUCCUAAUCCAAGCCCAAGAUCAUUUUACUCAGCAAUUUUAGGUGAUGACAUCAGCUCAAGAACAAUCCCAGAACCUUCUCGGGAGAAUAGAAUUGAAGGGCUGUUUCCUGGAUCACGAGAGCAGAUGAUAACAGGAAAUACUGACAAAAAGGAUGCAACACAAACUGGUGGUGCUCAGUUUACAGAAUUAGCUCCAUUUUCUGGCCAGAAAUCCAGUUCACGAGGAGGUCUUGUGGAAAGAAUGGCAGCCAGAGCAGGGUUUAAUGCUCCAAGGUUGAACACAGAAAGUAUCAGAUCUGUUGACCUUUCACUGAACCCUGAGAUUCGAUCUCCUUACUUAACAAUACCACCUGGUCUCAGCCCAACAACCUUGUUAGAUUCUCCGGUAUUCCUUUCAAAUUCUUUGGCACAACCAUCUCCAACAACUGGAAAAUUCUCAUUUGUCACAAAUGGUAACAGUAAGAACUCCACAGUGGCUUCUGAGCCUGUUGAUAAAGGUAAAGAUAAUUUCAUUGAAGACUUCAAUGCAUCUUCUUUUGCAUUCAAACCUGUUCCAGACUCAGGAUCCUCUUUUUUCAUUGGUGCAACAAGCAAACAAUCCUUUCCCAGUAUUGAGGUUUCAGUCCAUACUGAAAAUUCUCUCCAGUCUCAUGGUGUAGAACCGACCAAAGUCCAGUCUCAGAAUAGAAACACCCUUCAUUUUCCAGUAGACUUCUCCAGAUCAGCAACUGAAGUGGAUAAUGGAGGUAACACUGUGAUGACAGAAAAGAGAGUCUUUGAUACUGCUGGUGGAAGCGGUGAACAUUCCCCAUGUCUUGAUGAGCAACAACAUGAAGGAGACCAAAGAGCCAUUGGAGAUUCCGUAGCUGGUGGUGGCAGUGGGACACCAUCUGAGGAUGGAUAUAACUGGAGAAAAUAUGGACAGAAACAGGUGAAGGGCAGCGAGUAUCCACGGAGUUAUUACAAAUGCACACAUCCAAAUUGCCCAGUUAAGAAGAAAGUGGAACGCUCUCAUGAGGGCCACAUAACAGAGAUCAUAUACAAGGGGGCUCACAACCAUCCCAAACCUCCACCUAACCGGCGGGCAGCUAUUGGAUCGUCAAAUCCACUAUUGGAUGUGCAACCAGAUGUCCCAGAGCAAACUGGACUACAAGGUGGUAUGGAUAAUGAUCCUGUUUGGUCAAGUGCACAAAAGGGAACUGCUGCUGGAACUCCUGAGUGGAGACAUGACAAUGUUGAGGUGACAUCUUCAGCUUCCGUGGGUCCUGAAUUUGGCAAUCCCUCUUCCUCGAUGCAGGCUCAGAAUGGCAAUAACUUUGAAUCAGGUGAUGCUGUUGAUGCCUCAUUUACUUUUUCUAAUGAUGAAGAUGAAGAUGAUCGGGCUACACAUGGAAGUGUGGGUUAUGAUGGUGAAGGAGAUGAAUCUGAGUCAAAGAGAAGGAAAAUUGAAACUUAUCCAACUGACAUGGGAGGAGCUACUAGAGCUAUUAGGGAGCCUAGAGUUGUUGUCCAGACUACCAGUGAAGUGGAUAUCCUUGAUGAUGGAUAUCGCUGGCGCAAGUAUGGGCAGAAAGUCGUGAAAGGAAAUCCAAAUCCCAGGAGUUAUUACAAGUGUACUAAUGCAGGCUGCACAGUGAGGAAGCAUGUGGAAAGGGCAUCACAUGACCUUAAAUCAGUGAUUACUACAUACGAGGGGAAGCACAAUCAUGAUGUUCCUGCUGCUCGUAAUAGCAGCCAUGUCAACUCUGUGGCCUCUAGUACCGGACCUGUACAAGCUGGCACAGCUGUUCAAACCCAUGUUCAUAGACCGGAACCAUCACAAAUUCACAACAGCAUGACUAGGUUUGAGAGGUCUGCUGCAUAUGGAUCCUUCAGCCUCCCAGGAAGGCAGCAGCUGGGGCCUGCCCCAAGCUUCUCCUUUGGUAUGAAUCAACAAGGCUUGGCCAAUCUGGCAAUGGCUGGAUUGGGUCCCGGCCAACCCAAGAUGCCCGUUAUGCCUGUCCACCCAUAUUUAGCACAGCAACGUCCGAUGAAUGAAAUGGGGUUCCUGCUGCCCAAAGGAGAACCUAAGGUGGAGCCUAUGUCAGAACCAAGUUUGAACCUAUCCAACAAUCCAUCAAUAUAUCAGCAAAUCAUGAGUAGGCUGCCGCUUGGACCGCAAAUGUAAAUUUAUUAUUUUUUUAAUUUAUUUUUUUUCCCCUUCAAAUAUUAAUUUAUCAUUGGUAUUAUUAAUUUUGUUUCUGUUGCAAGGAAAAUAGAAAUAUUUACUUCUUUAUAUAUGGAUUGUCAUUUCACUA